CAAUCCAAACCCAAAGAAAACGUUUGAGAGGAGGCUGACAUGUCACGUGACCACCUCUCCCCAUCUGUUCUUCCAUUCCCAUUUUCCAUGCCCACACGGCGUGUUUAUGAUAUUCAUAUAUAAAUAAAUGGUUCACUUAAUUUGGCGGAAUCAAACUGUCACAGUAAUAUAAUUAUAAGCACGCAAAAGCGGGAAACUUCGAAUGAAAGAGAAGGACAGACAAACAGAUAGAUAGACCACUCCUCACUCAGUCCCACUCGCACCCGAGCCAUUAUAUGUAAAAGCCACCCAACCCGGUUCUCUUUCUCAUUCUCUAGGGUUUCAACUCUCUCUGCCAAUACACCCAACCUUAAAGGAUUAAUAACCAUGGACGAUGUUAGGGCCACCUCUGCUUGGGUCGCCACUCACUCUUCGCAUGUCGUUGUCGACUCUUCAGGGAUAGAGAAAGUGGUGAAGACGAUUGAUUCGAUUCCGAAAGUGAAAUGGGAUUUUGAAGGGAUUCACUAUUUUGAUAAUGGGCCUCUCACCGUUCAGUACCUCUUGGUAUUGGACGCUUUGAAUUUCUGCUUUUGGCCUGAUGCUGAUUUAAAUUAUGAUAAUUUGGCUUCGGGUCUGAAGGAAGCUCUACUGAAUGACAAGUCAGCUUUUGAUGCAGAUCGCUUGCAGAGUUACACUGGUCCUCAAUUACGAGCGCUGUUAAAAUGGCCUAGGCCACUCCCCUUGGAGGAUGAACGCAUUCGUUUGCUGCAUGAGGUUGGAUUUGAACUGGAGAGAAGCUUUGGUGGCAAAGCAUCUAACCUUGUGGAGUCUAGUGAAAAAUCAGCUGUUAAACUUGUAACUCUUGUUGCGAGUCACUUUCCUGGCUUUCGUGACCACUCACUCUACAAAGGACACCAGGUAUUCUUGUAUAAAAGAGCCCAGAUAUUUGCUGCUGAUCUAUGGGGUGCAUUCCAGGGCCAAGGAUAUGGAGAAUUCAAUGACAUUGGCUCUAUCACUAUAAUGGCGGAUUAUAUUGUUCCAGCUGUUCUACGGCAGAUUGGUGUGCUCAAAUAUAGCUCAAUCCUAGCUAGCAAAAUUGAAGCUGAUAGUGAAAUAGUUCCAGGUAGUGAGGAGGAAGUUGAACUGAGAGCUUGCUCCAUUCAUGCGGUUGAAAAAAUGAGGGAGUUAAUCAGUAACAAAUCAGGAAAUCAGGUACUCAGCGUGGAGCUAGAUCUGUGGCUUUGGUCUUUUGGAGUUCAGGUUCCAACCCUGAAACACCACCGAACACUUUCGAUAUAUUACUAAAUGCACAAUAUGUUCUUCAUUGUUGCUGCAAUUAUAUCCUAGUUAUGAUUAGUGAAAACAGUUAUAAUUUAUGAUGAAAUAGGAGGCGGUCUCAGAUUUUGCUAUAGUCAUUAACUACUAGUCACGGUGUCUUUCAUUUGAACUAUGCUAGUGGUUGAGAAAGAAAUCUUUAUUUACAUAAUAACUGUAAAAACAUUGUCAUUCAACUGGGGUACUCAGUUAUUAUUUAGCAUUCAUAAACGCAAA